AUUAUUUACAUGGUAUUCAGAGCCUUGUAGAAUUCUUCUCUACAUUUUUUUUUUCUCCGUCUCCUCCUCAUGGAGAUCACACAAGCUACCACUCUUGUUCAACUCAACGCCCCAACGAACUUUCCCAUCAAAUUAUCUGCAACCAACUUUCCGGUAUGGCGCCGGCAAAUUGAAGCCACUCUCAUCGGGUUUGAUCUUCUUCCAUACAUCGAUGGUUCUCUUAUUGUUCCGUCUCAGUUCAACGAUGAUGCCAAGAAGGUUCCAAAUCCAUGCUAUUCCACGUGGUUCCGCCAGAAUCAGAUCCUUAUUAGCGCGUUUCUUGGGGGCUGCACCGAACCUGUUCAACCCCUUCUCUCGGCCGUUACCACCGCAAAGGAGGCCUGGGAUGUUCUUCUCACCAGUUAUGCAAAUGCCUCUCCCGGUCGUAUUCUUGCACUCAAAAGCAAACUCUCUCGUAAUCCCCGUGGCAACAGAUCCAUUCCGACUUACUUGAAAGACAUGCAAGAGAUUGCCGGUGAUUUGGCAUUGGCGAAAAAUCCUGUUUCUGACACUGAUUUGCAGAUAUUUAUUCUCAAUCAGUUAGGAGAUGAUUACCGAUCUAUUAUCAGUGCACUUCGGGUACGUAAUACACCCACAUCCAUGCUUGAACUUUCAGAGAUUCUCACGGAUCAUGAACGUUUACUCAAAGAUUCUGAAGAUGAUGGACCCUCUUUUCUGCCUACCGCUAAUAUUACUCAAAGUCAGCCUUCAUCUGGGUCUGCUUUAUCUGAUUUCCGCAAGCGAGAUCACCUCUCUGGGCAUCGCAGCAACUCCGGACACCGUCCGACUCAGUCCUCUUCUGGUAGUGUUUCUCCAGUCCCUGCGGCUGGCCGCUCACGUGCAGUUUGUCGUUUUUGUAACUUUUCAGGUCAUGUAGUCAAAGAUUGCCGCAAACUUGCCCGAUUUUUACGGGAUAAUCAAAUUCAUACACCGCCUGUUGUCAAUACUAUGACUCACAGUGAUCUCUCUGGAUCUUCUCAACCAUGGCUUUUUGACUCCGGAGCGUCUCAUCAUGCAGCUUCCGGAGUGGCUUCCUUGCAGGAGUUUUCAACUUAUGAUGGUCCUGAUGAAAUCCGCCUGGGAAACGAAAACCGGCACUCACAUCAUGAGGGGUAGAAAUGUCAACGGUGUUUAUUAUGCUCCCACCACUGUUGGUUCACCUACAAUCAAUGCUACCAGUUUGUCUUCCGUGUCUCAUCUUCAUCAUAGCCUGGGACACCCAUCAAAUAAGAUUCUAGUUACUCUAUUGAAUAAAUGUGACAUGAAUGUAUCAUCCAAGGCCAUUCGUGACUUUACUUGUACUUCUUGUCAUAUUAAUAAAAGUCAUAAAUUACCUUUUGCAGUUAAUUCUCUUACUAGUUCUCGUCCACUAGAUCUAGUUUACACCGAUGUUUGGAGUACAAAACAAAUGUCUUGUGAUGGUUACUACUAUUAUGUUAUAUUUGUUGAUCAUUUCACAAAAUAUAGCUGGUUGUAUCCUCUAAAAAGGAAAUCUGAGGUCUCCACUAUUUUCCCUCAAUUCAAACGUCUAGUUGAACAUAAACUCAAUCAGAAAAUUGUCACUAUUUUUUCUGACAAUGGUGGUGAAUUUAUCAAAUUAUUGCCCAUGCUUAAUUUAUCUGGCAUUUCUCAUCUCACCACCCCACCUCACACUCCCGAACAUAACGGGACUGCUGAGCGUCGACACAGACAUAUUGUUGAGACCGGUUUGUCCCUUUUACACGCGGCUGCUCUUCCCCUUACAUUCUGGCCUCACGCCUUUCAAACAGCGGUUUAUCUAAUUAAUCGUCUGCCUACGCCAUUAUUAAAUUAUGACUCCCCAUACAAACGUUUGUUUCAG